AUGUCAAAAAAACGGCCAAGAAAUGCAUUUGUUGAUGCGGAAGCAGAAGAAGAUUCAGCUGAAGAAAGUGAUACAGAAAAAACCCAACGAACAGCUGCUAUGAAAAAACUUAAAUCAAAUCGACCAAUGAGUGAUGAUGACGAUGAUGAAGAAGAUGAUGUUAUAGAUGAAGCAACUGCUAAAGAUUUACAAAAUUUUAUUGCUGAACCAGGAGAUGAAGAAGAAGAAGAGAAUGUCGCUGAUCAAUCAGCUUCUGGUGAAUCAGAUGAUGAAGAUGAUUUUGAUGAUGAUGAUUUACAAUUAAUCGCCGAAAAUACAAAGAAGUCUGGAAAGCCAAACCGUGUCCACAUUGCUCGCGAAGAUAGUGAUGAUGAUGAUCAAAAUACGUCAUCACAGUAUAAAGUAGCAACAACACAUCAUUCAAGACGAGUUGAACCUGAUGAACAAAGCCUUAUGGACAAUGGCGAAGACGAAAGAGCAGCGAAUGAUUAUGAUGAUGAUGAUGAAGAUGAUUUUAUUGUUGAUGAUCACGAUGUACCAAUACCAAAACAAAAUCAUCGUCGACAUCACAAUGCACCGAAUAUCGCUGAUGCUCAAGCUAUAUUUGGCGAUGAAUUUUCGUUCAAUGAUAUUAAUUUUGAUGAUUUAAAUGAUGAUGCAGGUGAAGAAGAUGAGGAAGAUGAUGAAGAAGAAGAAGAAGACGAAGAACAAAUAGAACCUGAAUAUGAUGACGAUGGAAAUAUAAUUGAAAGUGAAGCAACAAUACCAAAACGAAAAGCUAAAGCUCCACGUCGAAAACAAAAAGCUGAAGAAUUAUUCGAACCCGAAGAAUUACAACGUGGUUAUUUAACUGAAUCGGAUAUAAAUAUUCGAAGAAUUGAUAAACCAGAAAGAUUUCAAUUAAGACGUAUACCGGUUACUGAAGCUAAAGAAGAUGAACUUGAUGAAGAAGCUGAUUGGAUUUAUAAUGGAGCAUUUCUUAAAGCAACAAUUUCCCAUCAACCAAACGAAGAAGAAACAAUAAAAAAUCUUCAAGUAAAAAAGAAAAUCAAAAAUGCACUUAAUUAUAUGAGAAAUGAUUCAUUUGAAGUACCAUUUAUUGCAUUCUACCGUAAAGAACAUAUUGAACCUGAUCUUAAAAUAGCAGAUCUUUGGAAAAUUUGGCAAUGGGAUGAAAAGUGGAUGAUAUUUAAAUCUCAAAAAGAUAAAUUAAUGUCAAUGUUUGAACGUAUGAAUAAUUAUCGUAAUUAUCAAUAUGAACAAUUAGGUGAUACCAAUGAAGAAGCUUUAACAACGAAAUUAUUAACUGAUUGUGAUAUUGAUAAAGAACGUUUAAUGCGUGCUCAAACACUUGAAGAAAUAGCUGAUUUACGUGAACAAUUUCAUGUUUAUUAUAAUGAAGAUUUACCACAAUUGCGUGUACGUGAAAAAUUAAUUGAAUAUCGUGAAGAACGUGAGAAACGUAAGAAAUUAAUAUCAAAUAUGGAACAAAAUGAUGAUGAACAACCAUUACCAACAAUAGAAGAUGAAGAUGAACUUGAUGAAGAAUCUUUAGUUGAACAAAUACGUUCACAAUUAAAUAUUAAAGCUAAACCAAUGAUAAAAACGGAUUAUUAUAGUGUUUGUAGACAAGCACAUUUAGAAGGUUUAGUUAAAAAAUUUGGUUUAAAGCCUGAUAAAUUAGGUGAAAAUCUUUAUGAAAAUUAUCAAAAAAAUGAAAUCGAUCAAUAUCCAAUUGGACCAAUAGCCACUUGCGAAGAAUUUAUAUGUAAACAAUUUCCAAAUCCACAAACUGUUUUACAAGCUGCGGUAUUUAUGCAUGCUCGUCAAUUAUCUCUUGAUCCAUUAGUACGUUAUGUUAUUCGUCGUGAUUAUAUUUCACGUUGUAUGGUAAAUGUUCGUCCAACACGUCUUGGUAUUCAAUCAAUAACAGAAGAUCAUCCAUGUUAUUCAAGAAAAUAUCUUCUUGAAAAACCCGUUAAUACAUUUACAAAAGAUCAAUAUCUUUAUUUACAUCAAGCUGUUAAAGAUGGUUUGAUUACAAUCGAAUAUGUUAUUGAUAAUAAAAAUAAUCCUCAUACAUAUGCAGAUGAAAUAAAACGUUCCUAUACACGUGAUGAAUAUUCUGAUAAUGUACUUGAAUGGAAUAAAAUUCGUGCGACAUGUAUUGAUUUAAUGCUUAGUAAAUUUCUUUAUCCAAAAUUUCAACGUGAAUUAGAAGAGAUUUUAUUGGAUGAAGCAAAACAAUAUGUUAUUAAACAAAGUUCAAAUUGUUUGAAUGAUUGGAUUAAAAUUGCACCAUAUCGUUUAUCAAAUGAUGAAAAUGUUACAAGUAUAUCCGAUGCUGGCGUUCGAGUUUUAUCUGUUGCCUAUUCAACUGAUCCCGAUGAUGUAUCAUAUGCUGUUAUAUUAAGUUCUGAAGGACAAGUCAUGGAUUUUAUUCGUUUACCAAAUUUAAUGUUAAGAGAGAAUUAUUCAGCUGAUAAUAAAAUAAAAAAAGAUAAAGAUUUCGAAGCUAUUCGAACAUUUAUUAUACAACGUGUACCAGAUGUUAUUUGUAUAGGUGUGGAAAGUCGUGAUGCUUUAUAUUUACGUAAUCGUCUUGAAGAUAUGGUUAGUCAAUUACAACAUGAUGAAGAACAAUUUCAAAAUUUAGCUGAACCUAUGAAAGUUCUUCUAUCUGAUACGGAAUUAGCAAAAAUCUAUUCUCAAUCUCGUAAAGGUGAAUCUGAUUUUCGUGAUUAUCCGGUUAAAUUACGUCAAGCUGUUUCUCAAGGACGUCGUUUACAAGAUCCAUUAUUAGAAUUUUCACAAUUAUUUAAUUAUGAUAAAGAAAUACUUUUAAUUAAAUAUCAUGCAUUACAAGAUUUAAUUGAUCGUGAACAAUUAUUAUGUAAUCUUGAACAAAGUUUUAUUGCACGUACAAAUGAAGCUGGUGUUGAUUUAAAUCGUUGCAUAGCUUAUUCUCAUACAUCGAAUGUUUUACAAUUUGUCUGUGGUCUUGGUCCACGUAAAGCAACACAUUUAAUAAAACAUUUUAAACAAAAUAAUUCACAAUUAGAAAAUCGUACAUUUCUUGUUGUUAAUUAUCCAAUGGGUAAAUGUGUCUUCUCAAAUUGUGCUGGUUUUAUUAAAAUUAAUACCGAUGCUAUGAAAGAAAGUAAUUCCUAUAUUGAAAUCUUAGAUAGUACACGUAUACAUCCUGAAGCUUAUGAUUGGGCACGUAAAAUGGCUGUUGAUGCAUUAGAUAUUGAAGAAUCGUCGGAAAUGGAACCAAGUGCUGCAUUAGAAGAAAUUUUUCAAAAUUCUGAACGAUUAAAAGAUUUAGAUUUAGAUGCAUUUGCUGUUGAAUUAAAAAAUACAAUGUAUGGCGAUCAAUCAAUAACAUUAUAUGAUAUACGUGCUGAAUUAACACAUCGUUAUCGAGAUGUACGUGUACGUUAUGAACCACCAAGUCCAGAAGAUUUAUUUCAUUUUAUAACGAAAGAAACACCAGCAACAUUUCAUUUGGGUAAAUUAAUUCAAUGUCAAGUAUUUGAUUUUGCAAGACGACCACCAACAGCUGAACAACUUGAAACAGCACAACCAGUUAAACAUGAAGCAACUGGAAUGUUAAAAUGUCCAUUAUGUCAUACAGAACGAUUUCAUAGUGUUAAAGAAGCUUGGAAUCAUUUUGAUUCAGCAAAUAAAUGUAAAGGAGCACCAACUGGUGUACGUGUUCGUUUGGAUAAUGGUUGUACAGGCUUUAUAAAACUUCGUGAUUUAUCUGAUUCUCCAGUAACAAAUCCAUUAGAUCGUGUUAAAUUACAUCAACUUAUCUAUGCACGUAUUAUAAAUAUUAAUAUUGAACGAUUUAGUGUUGAUUUAACAUCGAAAUCAAGUGAUUUACGUGAUGAUAAAGAACGAUGGCGACCAGCGAAAGAUUCUUUUUAUGAUCGUGCACUUGAAACAGACGAUUUAGCUGAAACUGAAAAAGAAAAACAAUCAAAACAAGCAGCUAAAGAACGUAGUUUUGUUAAACGUGUCAUUGCUCAUCCAUCAUUUAUGAAUAUAAAUUAUAUUGAAUGUGAACGAUUACUUUCAACGAAAGAUUUAGGUGAUGCGAUUGUACGACCAAGUUCAAAAGCAUCCGAUCAUUUAACAAUAACAUGGAAAUUAGUUGAUGGAGUUUUACAUAAUAUUGAUGUUAUUGAAAAAUCUAAAUCAAAUCAAUUUUCACUUGGUAAACGUUUAUUAAUUAUCGAUCCACGUACACAAGAAACAGAAGAAUUUGAAGAUCUUGAUGAAAUUCUUGCACGAUAUAUUAAACCAAUGGCUAAUAUUGUUUCCGAUAUAGUUACACAUAAAUAUUAUCUUAAUUUAUCUCAACCAUUACCAUCAGCUACACCAUCUGGUUCAGCAACACCGGCACAAAAAGCCGCGGCAACAACAACAAUAACAACAUCAACAUCUGGAUUACCACCAACAUCAGCUGAUGCUCAACGAAUUCUUAAUACUCAUUUACUCGAUGAUAAACGACGUAAUCCAACACGAAUACGUUAUUAUAUAACAAUAUCACGUGAAUUUCCAACGAAAUUUCUUUUAUCAUAUAUGCCUAUACGUCGACCAAUACAUGAAUAUUUUACUGUUACACCAAAUGGUGUUCGAUUUCGUUCAAAAAUGUUUCCAACAUUAACAGAAACACUUAAUUGGUUUAAAGUGCAUUAUAAUGAUAAUGCUAUUACACCAUCACCAAUGCGUACAGCAUCAGCAAGUGUUCGAUCAACAUCGGCAUCCUUAGCACCACCACCAUCAGUAACAAGUUCAAUGUCAAUAAGUUCAACACCAAUAUCAACAGGUGGUGGUGCUGUUGCUGCAUCAAUGGUUUCAUCAGGUUUUAGUCAACCACCACCAUCCAUGGUUUCAACAGGUUUUAGUCAACCACCACCACCAAUGCCAACAUCUGGAUUUAGUAUGCCACCUCCAGCAGCUGCAGCGGCCGCGGCUGCCGCAGCCGCUGCUGCAAGUGCCAUACCAUCGGUACCACCAACUGCUAUGGUAUCCAGUGGUUUUAGUCAACCACCACCAGCAUUAGGUACAAUGCCACCGGUAUUACCACCACCGCCACAUCAAAUGAUGAUGCCACCAGCAAAUUUUUUUGCUUAUUUACAACAAUAUCAACAACAACAAAUGUUUUGA